AUGGCUGAGAAAAAAGAGAACGUCUCCAAGUUUGAGAUGUUGAAACUCCUGGAGAAAUGCAGGAAGGAGAGAGACGAUGCGAUGCACGGGGAGAGUAUUAUGAGGGAGAAGCUGAGACAGUACGAGUCCAGGAUGAGGUCAACGGAGGUGCUGAAACAGAAAGUCAAGACCAUGACUUCGGAGAACAAGGAGCUACGCAAGCAUGUCAAGACUCUCCGUCAAGAGAUAGGCCUGGAGGCGAGCCCCAAGUUCAACGGCAAGACCACCAAGGACAUCAUCUCUGACAUGCAGGAGAAGGAGCGUCAGUGCAGUUCCCUGGUGGAGAAAACAAGUAGACUCAGUUUGACCAUUGAUGAUCUGACAUCAGAACUGGCAAAUGCUGUCACGUCCAAAACUCUUCUGGAAUAUCAGGUGCAGUCAUUACAGCAGAACCUGAAGGACAUGACGAAUAAUCAACGCCGUUUGUUGAAACUCUGGGAGGAUAAGAGAUCUCAGAGAGAGCAGCUCACUCUCCCUGCGAUAGGCCUAGCCCAGAGGCCCGGAGAGAAACCUGUGUCUCACAAGGGAGCACAAACGGAGAUGUCUAUCAAUUCAGCCCAGAAACUACCACCCAACGCGUUUGAGACCAAACCUUCUCCUUCACCACGGUCACGACACCACAAGACAAGGUCUUCUAUAGAUAAACAAGGGGGUUUAACAACACUGGGAAAUGGUCAUCAGCUGGGGAACGGGAAUCACCAGCUGGGGAACGGCAACCAUCAUACAUUGGGAAAUGGCCUCCAGCAGGGAAAUGGGAAUCAUCAACGUGAAAAGGAGGAUUUAUUUCACUAUGAAACCAAUGAACACUUACUGUAA